CUUCUGUUGUGUUUGGCCUAGUCUUGAGUCUUUUGUUCGCUUCGCCUCUGACUUGCCAGCCCACUGCGACUUUGUGGCUUUGUUUCGUUUCCCCCGGUUUGACAUAUUGGCUGCCCUUUUGCAGCCCAACGACGGCGCCACUCACAAAACAGAGAGAGUGGGUUCCUGACUUACAUUGUAUGUACCUGCAUCGCAUAACACAAGGAACCAUGUCUGCGGCGCCCAGUGCUAGCUCUGAUACUACUGGCCCUGCCGCUGUCCCUGGCCGCAAUGCGAACACCGGCAGCAGCAGGGACGAUAUCAGUCUUGACCUGCUGCGGAAUGCGAGUACGUCCCGUACGCUUGACGAUGUCAUGAGGGAACCAUCCCGAUCUGUUCCCGACGUCGUGGUGCUGGACUCCCUACCUGAACCAACCAGACACAGGGAUAGCCUUGACCUCAAGGAGGAUCUGUGGCUGUCCAACGUCGACGGGUGAGUUGCAUCUCUCUCUGCAUCGGUCCCGCUCCAUCGUCGCAUCUUCCGGCGUGACCUACGGGGCGGGCAUGGAGCGGCCAACUCGACCGUUUAGUCGCUUGGCAUCAUCGUCGUAGUCUGUGUCCCCGGACACCGCGAGACCUUCU